AUGUAUAAGGAGGAGAAAGAAGUACAAAUUUAUGCAACGACUGAAAAAUUUAGUGAAAAUAUGUUUAAUCCAUUUAAUUGUCAAGAUAAAGUUACUGAUGAAUAUGAUGAUGAAAAUGAGUCAGACUCAACUUGUUCAGGUGAAGAAAGUUAUCAUAUUCAUCAUAGUUCUGAUAAUGAAUAUGACCUUCUAAACUAUGAUUGUGAAACUUAUGAACGUAGCAAAAGUAGUCUAAUUAUGAAAAUAAAUUCUAAAUUUCCAAAUCUGAAUGCUUUUAGACGGGAUUUGAACCACUAUGCACUAACAAAUGAAUUUCAGUAUGUCAUUGAGAAAAGUAAUUUAACACGACUUACAGCAUGUUGUGAAGAUAAAAAGUGUGAGUGGAGAAUUCAUGAUUCUCUUACGCAAGAUGAUGUUGCUUUGGAAGUAAAGAAAUUUUUAGAAACACAAUCUUGUACUCAAAGCAACAAGGUUGGUAACAAACAUACGACUCAAGGAUGGAUUGUUGAUGUUGUAACCGACAAGUUGAAAUCUGAUGGUGAUGUCUCUCCUAUCGGCCUAAAAAUGUGGCUUAUGCAAAGCUACAAUGUUGACAUUCCAUAUAUGAGAGUCUUUAGAGGAAAAGAACAAGCUUAUAUAGAUAUGUAUGGAAAGUGGGAUGACUCUUACACAAAUAUAUAUGGUUUCAAACAGGAACUUGAAAAGAGAAAUCCAUGA